GGAACUACAACUCCCAUAGCCCCCCGCGCUCUGGGCAGGCAAGAUGGUGGCGCGCAGGAGGAGACGCGCGGCGCGGGAUGGCGAGGACGCCGUCCCUAGUCCCCCGGGCUACUCCGCUCUUCCCGUCAAGUUCUCGGAGCAGCAGCGGGCUUCUCACUACCUCUACCUGAGACAGCACCGAGUUCGAGAAGGCGCCCAGUCUACGUGGCCACAGAAGCGUACGCUUUUUGUCCUCAACGUACCCCCGUACUGCACAGAGGAAUGCCUGAUGCGACUCCUGUCCCCCUGUGGCACCAUCAGGUCUGUGGAGCUGCAGAGGAAGCCGGAACUUGCUGAGAACCGUAAAGAGAACAAGUCUAAGUAUUUUCACCCCAAGCCCGUUCCGGGCUUCCAGGUAGCCUAUGUGGUGUUCCAGAAGCCUGGUGGAGUGGCAGCUGCCUUGACCUUGAAGGGCCCUUUGCUGAUCUCUACAGAGAGCCAUCCCGUGAAGAGUGGCGUUCACAAGUGGAUCAGUGACUACGCGGAUUCUGUGCCAGACCCUGAGGCCCUGCGGGUCGAGGUGGACACGUUCAUGGAGGCCUAUGACCAGAAGAUAGCCGAGGAGGAGAAUCGGGCCAAGGAGGAGGAAGGCGUCCCUGACGAGGAGGGCUGGGUGAAGGUGACCCGCCGGGGCCGGCGGCCUGUGCUCCCCCGGACAGAGGCAGCCAGCCUGCGGGUGAUGGAGAAGGAGAAACGGAAGCGUGCCCGCAAGGAGCUGCUCAACUUCUAUGCCUGGCAGCACCGCGAGACCAAGAUGGAGCACCUAGCGCAGCUGCGAAAGAAGUUCGAGGAGGACAAGCAGAGGAUUGAAUUGAUGCGGGCCCAACGCAAAUUCCGACCCUACUGAACCAAUGCAGUGUGGGACCGGCGAGAACACAAGACUGACAGGCGUGUGCCUCCCGGGAGCAGAGGCUGAACUCCGAGGAGCAGACGCUCGCCUGAGAAGCUGCUCUGUCCACCAGGCCUGCCUCUCUGUUCAGUGGAAGCCGUUGGCCUUUGGGGAGCAGCCCCUCCUCUCCUGCCUACAGACAUGCCCCUGAGGAAAGCAGACGGCUUCCUCCGUGUCCUCGGCCUCCACAGAGAAGCCCCUGUUGGCAGUGAAACGGCCUGAAGAGCAGUGAGGAAGUUAGCUUUUAUUCCCCCCCUGCUGCUUCAACCACCAGCAGCUCACUAGCUACCAAACAGCCCCCGGGUCUAGACACGGUUCUCUUGAAGUCACAGAUGUAAGAGUCAGCAGCUCCGCCUCAGGAUCCUCUGCUGCCCACCUUGUGUUCAAGACCACCAGAAAUGUGCCUGGCAGGGCUGGGGCGCUCGGAAGGCGAGUGGAGCUGGAAGCACAAGGUCUCUGAAGCCGUAGCUCUGGGAUCCUGUUAGCUCUGCAGGAAGCAGCUGGUGAUGCCAGCCACAAGGUGGGGCUCAUUCAUAUGCACGCAGCGACUGCCGGGGAUUUGCACAUACUGGAACCUCUGGAGAAGGGCAUGUGAUGAGGUGUGAGCAGAAGGAUGGGUGCUGCUUACUGAGGGUUCCCCCACUGCUUACUGACGGUGGGCCCGGGAGCUACAGGAGCAGGUUUCAGACUUGCCCCACUGGGAAAGAACGCCACACAGAAGGGCCGCCUUUUGUAAUGACAGCAUGUGUGCAGCCGCCGCCAGGACCUCAGCAGGCUCACAGCCGCGGCACAAGCCCACUCCCACCCUGUGGCCAUCACCCGCUCAGGGCUGGAGCUGGGAGUGGUGGAGGCAAGUGGACUGCUCUGAGAGGGGUACCACUGAGGGCAGAGAUGACAAUAAAACAGAUUCUGCCAACCAAA